GGCGCCCCCUUCUCUGGGCACUCUUCCCCUCUGCGCCCCCUUCUCACCUGGCGCCCCCUCGCCUUCCGGUACCUCCGUCCCUCCUGCGUCCCCGUCCCUAAGUCUCUGGCCGGUGACCCUCCGCCCUCCCCACCCCAGCACCCCAGAUGGAAACUCGUGGGGUCUGCCUGCUCCCGAGUUGAGGGCUGGAAGGCGCGGCGACUCGGCCCCAGUGAAGCAGGUUUUCCGGGACUGGGGGCUCUGGGCUCGCCCCUCCUGUUACUGCGAGCGGCUUCUGGGCUUGGGGGUUCAGGGGCGCGGAGACGAGCCCCUGAACCCACGCGGCGGGCGCCUCCCCGAGCCCAGCUCGGUCUCGGGGGGGCCAGUGUCCGGGGCUGCCCCUACCCCGGCCGGGGUCCCCGCUGCCCUGGGGGCAGCCCAGCCCUGGGUGCUGGAUUCGUGACGCCGGUUCGGGAUGCCUGUGUGCGUGACUUCUCUUCUCAGCCCUGCCUCAAACGGCCCCCCGCACCUCUUACUUUUAAAUCUCGGCACUAUUGCGGGGAAGCAGCAGUGUGGCCCAAACAGAAGCGAAAAGUUCUGGAAGAGCCUUGGAGUCGCACCAGCCUCGCAGAGCGUCCGGGAGCCGUCUGAGGACAGGGGCCCAGGAGAACCCCCCGCCCCAGCGGGACCGCCUCCUGUAGGGUCCCUCCCCACAGGCGCCCCGAGCCCCGGAGAGGCAGGAGACACCCGCGUGGACUCAGCUGCCUUCGUAGGGUAACUGAGCCGUGUUUCAAGCGAUUGUGGUUUGAAGGCUUUUAUAAAUCCUUGUGUGUCCGAAUGUUUCUGUACUUCGGCAGUAUUAAUAACUGUGUGGUUUUCUUUAAAUUAAUGACAGUAUUAAUGACUGUGGUUUUCUUUAAAUAUGCGUAGAAAUAAUUGCCUCAUCCAUCAAGUUAUCCCACUCUGGAAUGUUACUGCAACAUCUUGCAGUUACUUUCCAGGUAAAGUUCCCUGUUGAUUGUUUUAAGUACUCUGUCACAGAGGAGAUUUGCAGCUGUUGCAGAUGGAAAUUAAAUGGGGAAGACGUGCUGGAAGUAAACUGCAUCCUUCAGAAGGGGAGGCUGGGGGUUCUGUCCCCCCUGGGGUGACAGCCAUGCCCUCGGUCAGAAGCUGAGGGGCUUUCCCAGGGUCCCUGUGAUUACAGCUCAGGAACCAAGUGGAUUUGUCCUAUAAUUCAUCUCAUAGACGAGUUGUUGCCAGCAACUUCAGCUUUGAAAAAAUAAGUUAACGGCGGAUCCUCAAAUAAAGAGUUCUGGAGUGCUAAGUGCUGGGUCCUUAGGCACUAAAUCUGGGGCUCAGACCAGGGUGGCACCCUGUUUGCCAAGCUGUGAUGCUGUGAUGACUGCUUCCUUCAUAGUCAGAGUCUCAAGGACGUGAUGGCCCGCACCUCGUGCUGCCCAGGGUUCCCUAGGCACCCAGGCUGCGGGCUGGGAGAGGAACAUGGAGCUGCAAGGCAGGGGUGAGCUCUCUGGUGUCGAGGGUCCCCAGGCAUGCUGGAUGCUGUGCGCUCCGGCCCACGCCAGGCUCAGGGCUCAUUUAUUUAUUAAUAAAACGAGUCUGUUACGUGUUCUCCCCCUACAAGUGUCUUUUCCAACAGGAACGUUCAGAGCACACAGUCAUGCAUGGAGCCUGCCUUGGCCCUAAAUGUCUUUGCACUGUUGGCCUCUAAUGGACGUUGGUUUUCACGUGAAUCCCUGGCGUCUGGACAGCCGUGCGGAUUUGCUGUGUUUCUUAUCAGUAACUAUCCAUGAUGUCACUGAACGUGCAUAGUUACUCAUCAUUUCAGUUAAGGAGAACUUAGUGCUUCUAAUUAGACAAUGAUGACAUUUAAGAAAGUUGUUUUCAACCCAUUAUAAUUCUAGCUGUAAACAUUUUGUUUUUUUAAAUCAGCAAAACAGCAUGUUCUUUCUGACUGCUGGUUUGAAUCAUGAGAACUUGGCCUUGCUUGAGUGUCUCCUGCUCAGGAUUGGAGCGUCUGUGUCUGUUUUGCAUUAGAACUGUCCCCUGGUGCGCACUUUCCCCGAGUUGAGCGUUUGUUUACCUGCCUCCCCCACUCCCCUGAGUGGGUAAACCCCGCGGGAGAGAUCCACCUGUGCAUCUGCUUUCACAUUCAGACACUGUGGUUCGUUCGUGCUGAACACAUGUUUUCGGUUUUUAAUGCACGCCACUGCUUCAGUGGAGGCUUCCGUUCAGGGACUGGGAGAGCCAGCCUGGUGUGGAUCUCACGCUGACUCAUCUUUGAGAUAGGGGUGAAACUUCUGAUGGUGUCUGUGACGUCAUAAGCAAGAUGGACAUCUUUAAAAAUGGGGAAUUACCUGAUUUUUCCAGGAGGAGAUUCCCAAGAGUCCCUUGGGCUGCAAGGAGAUCCAACCAGUCCAUCCUCAAGGAAGUCAGUCCUGAAUAUUCAUUGGAAGGACUGAUGCUGAAGCUGGAACUCCAGUACUUUGGCCACCUGAUGCAAAGAACUGACUCAUUGGAAAAUACCCUGAUGGUGGGAAAGAUUGAAGGAGAAGGGGACGACAGAGAAUGAGAUGUGUGGAUGGCAUCACCGACACAAUGGACACUAAAACUGGGGUCGCCUCGGUGCACAGCGAAGGGUCUGGCCAUGCCUAUGACGUCCGCCUGAAGCUGACGAAAGAGGUACUGACAAUUCAAAAACAGGAUGUCAUCUGUGCUAGUGGCAGCAGUCUCCAUGCAAACCACAGAACUGUUACGCUUCGCAGACAGCCCAUGGGCGGCCUGGGCCUGAGCAUAAAGGGCGGCGUGGAACACGGCGUCCCUGUGGUCAUAUCGAAGAUAUUCAGGGACCUCGCAGCCGACCAGACAGGGAUGUUGUUCGUAGGGGACGCCCUGCUCCAGGUUAACGGCAUUAAUGUAGAAAGUGCGACCCACAAAGAAGUGGUGCAUCUUCUGAAAAAUGCGGGCGAUGAGGUGACCAUCACUGUCGAGUAUCUCAGGGAAGCACCAUCGUUUCUGAAGCUCCCCUUAGGGUCCCCGGGACCGUCCAGCCAGCCAGGCAGCGGGGCCUCCUCGCCCCUUUUCGACAGCGGUUUGCAUCUGAACGGAGCCUCCAGCAACACAGCUCCGUCCUCGCCUUCCUCGCCUGUAGCUAAUGAACCAAAAUACGAGAAGCGCUGGCUAGACGCCCUGUCACUUCCUCUGUCCAUGGCCCGAGUCUCAAGGUGCAGAGCUGGAGCGGACACGUUCAGGUCCGGCGCGAUCCAGGUGCAGGCCCUGGAUGGGGUGAGCUCGGGGCCCCUCCAGUUUCACACGGCCCAGGAGCGUGCCGACUGGCUGAGGGCAGUGUCGGCCAACAUCAGCGAUCUGAUGCUGCAAAACGUGAAAAUGGCAAAUAAAUGCUGUUCUCCUUGUGACCAGGUCAUCCACAUGGGCUGGGUCAGUGAGCGACUGGGAGGUGCCGGCUCGUCUCAGACCUUCAGACCCAGGUUCCUGGCGCUGAAGGGCUCAUCCUUCUAUGUCUUCGCUUCUCCCCCUGUGAGCACAUUGGAUUGGGUCCAAGCAGAAAAAACCUAUCACCUCUGUGAGGUUCUGUUUAAGGUUCACAAGCUCUGGCUCCCAGACGACUGCUGGGCACAAGCCAGCCUCUCCCUGGGACUCCAGGAUCCCGACGGCGGGGACCACGGGCCCUUCUGCUUCAGCGUCCUCGUGGGCCACGGCGAGGGCCACGUGUUCGGUGUGGAGCUGGGCAACGAGCUGGCCGCCUGGGAGCUGUCCUUCCAGAGAGCCACCUUCCGAGCCGUGCAGAGGACAGGGUCCAAAACGUACCCAUGCAGCUGGCAAGGAGCCACGCUGUGCUUCACGGUGGACUUUGCUCUCGGCUUCACCUGUUUCGACAGCAAGACCAAGGGUGUGCUCUGGAGGUUUAAGUUCUCCCAGCUGAAGGGAUCUUCCGACGAUGGGAAAGCUCGGGUGAAGCUGCUGUUUCAGAGUCUGGACACCAAGCAGAUCGAGAUGAAGGAGCUGGAGUUUCAGGAUCUGACGGCGGUCCUGCACUGCAUCCACUCCUUCAUGGCUGCGAAGGUGGCCUCGGUGGACCCCGCGUUCAUGGACAGUCAGAGCAUCACCGGAAGACACAUGUGUAGCAGCUGAGCGGAGCUUCUGUUGAGUGCUGAAAAUUAAAUUAUUUUCUUAAGCAAUGACUAU